AUGAGCUCUAGAAAUACAAAGAGUCACGCAAAUAAAAAAAUAAGCACCAAUACUCCAAAAAAAGAGGCUGCAAGAGAAAAGAAAGGGCGUAAAAAGAAACAAGAAAGUGUUGUAUCUCAGCCAUCACAAAUAAUUACUGAGUUUUUGAAUGACGAUGUUUCUAAUAUUAUGGGUGACAAUAUUUCUAACGAUGAUAGUUUCAACGAUGAUGAUAUUUCUGAUAAUAAUGAUGUUUUUAACGAUAAUGAGUCAGUAGCUCAAGACUUUACAACUACACAGGGAACAGAAUCCAAUAGUCAAAACAAGUUAAUGCUUAAUUCAAGAUGCAAUAAUCAUAACCAAGAUAACUUUAUUUCUUCAAAUAGAAUAGCAUCUUCAAGGUUAAUGUCAAUACCUGAUUCAAGAGAAGAUAGUCCAAUUCUCUACAGAUCAACGCUAGCUCUAGAAUUAAGAAAUAAAAUUGAUUUAAACAGAGCAUCAGAAAUAGUUUCGAAUUCAAGAGUGAAUAGUCAAUUCGACUAUGUUUCUUUAAAUAAUACUUCACGGUCUAGACCAAUAUCAUCUUUAAGAUCAAGAAAUAAUGCAAUGAAUAUUCUGAGGAAUGAUACUCAUGACGCGGAGACUAACUCAAUUCAUCACUUUGACAUAACCAAUAAAGUUGUUCCUUCUUCCUUAAAUAAAAUGAUGAUCUAUCAGCUUUGCUCAUGGUUAUGUGAGAACCCUAAAAAAAGUGUGUUUGAGGAGUUGGUACAGAAAGUUUUUAAAUGCGAGCUUAAUUCUACUAAAGGUAUUGAAUGGCUUCAUACAGCAAAUAGAUAUUUUGGAGACUUCCGAAACAAAUUAGUCAAUAGU